CUGAUAUUGGUUAGAUGAAGAGGUUUACAAUAGACGAAGUUGCAAAGCAUUCUAGUGAAAAUGACUGUUGGAUUAUUAUUCACAACAAAGUGUACGAUAUAACAACCUUUUUAAAAAGACACCCUGGUGGAAUGAAAGUGCUCCUAAAGGUUGCUGGAACUGAUGCCACUAAACAGUUUGACACAUUUCACAACUCUGGUAUUCUUCAGAAACUAGGAAAAGAAUUAGAGAUCGGUGAGAUUCUUGAAUUGCAAGAGAAAGCUGAAGAAGAAGAAACAGUAAAUCCUCUUGUUGUGAACAAACCUUUUGGUGAUAUGGUCCCAUUUGGUGAUCCUAUGUGGUAUCAAGAUUGGUAUAGUCCUUAUUACAACGACUCGCACCGGGAUCUACGCAAAUUCAUGCGUGAAUUCAUCGGCAAGGAAAUUAUGCCCUAUUGCUACGAAUGGGAUGAGGCCAAGAAGAUUCCCAAAGAAGUGUUUGUAAAGGCAGCCAAAGCUGGUUUAUUUAGCUCUAUUGGUCAUGUCCCUACUGAGCUGCUUCCGUAUCGCCUUCCCGUUGGUAUACGCCCUGAAGAAUGGGAUGCGUUCCACAGUUUUAUUGCAACAGACGAAUUGUCACGCUGCGGAUCUGGUGGCGUCCUCUGGGGGCUGUGCGGUGGCCUGGGCAUCGGUCUUCCACCUGUACUCCAUUUUGGAUCAGAUUAUCUAAAGAAAAAGGUUGUCAAGGACUGUCUUGCGGGUGAAAAGUUUAUCUGUCUGGCAAUAACCGAGCCUAGCGGCGGAUCUGAUGUUGCCAACCUCCAAACAGAAGCAAAAGACAUGGGCGAUUAUUACUUGUUAAAUGGUGAGAAGAAGUGGAUUACCAACGGUGUAUUUGCAGAUUACUUUACUGUAGCAUGCCGAACUGGUGGGCCAGGCGUUAAAGGUAUUUCAUUUCUUUUGGUAGAAAAAGGUAUGCCAGGCGUGUCUACGCGUCAGAUGCAGUGCUCAGGAGUAUGGCCAUCUGGUACUGCCUACGUUACAUUUGAAGAUGUUAAAGUUCCGAAGGAAAACCUUAUUGGCAAAGAAAAUAAAGGGUUCAAGUAUAUAAUGUGGAAUUUUAAUAACGAACGAAUGAGCAUUGCUAUUCAAGCCAACAGGUUUGCAAGAGUAUGUGUUGAAGAAUCGAUGAAGUAUGCGAACAAAAGAAAGACAUUUGGAAAGAAGCUCAUUGAGCAUGCCGUCAUCCGUAACAAACUGGCACACAUGAUUCGAAAAGUAGAAGCAACUCAUGCCUGGAUAGAAUCCUUGGUAUAUCAAUCUGUAAAGAUGCCCAUUCAUCUACUUCCUUUAAGACUUGGUGCGCCUGUGGCCCUUUGCAAAGCCCAAUCUACUCGUACAUUCGAAUUCUGUGCUCGUGAAGCAGCUCAGAUCUUUGGUGGUCUAGCUUACACCCGUGGUGGUCAAGGAGAAAAAGUUGAAAGGCUCUACCGCGAAGUCAGAGCAUUUGCUAUUCCCGGUGGCUCGGAAGAAAUCAUGCUAGACUUGGGCGUUCGUCAAGCAGUAAAGGUUGGCGCUUUUAUGGGCGCCAAAAUGUAGUAGAAUACCCAGUCAAUAUGUUUAUUUUACAUGAAAAUACAUCGUACUUCAUUAUGCUACAAAUAAUCCACGGAAAUAGAUAGAAUAAUGCCUUAAAUAAAUGUUUCAGG